AUGGCCCAGCCUCGCCAGCUCACCAUCGCCGAAUGCGACGCGGCCGUGACGCGUAAAGGCGGUCCGUUUGAGAUGGAGGCGAUCAUGCAUAAUGGCGUCGAGGAAAAGUUCUGGAUCCACGGCAUGAAGACGAUGCGUGAGAUGAUCCUCGACGGUCUUCCGAAAGGUGGCGACAUGGUUAUGGUGAAUGCGCCCGUCCCCGAGCCUGGCCCCAAGGAACACCGUAUCGACACGACAUUCAACGAGGUAUGGGACCGGUCGUGUAAUCUGGCCGUAUGGCUGCGCGGCCACGGGGUCCGCAAGGGGUCGUUCGUCGGUUUGAUCGGAUACAAUUCGGUCGAGUGGAUCGUGAGCUCGUGUGCUAUCCAGCUUCUUGGGGCUGUUCCCGUCAUGGUCAAUGCUGCACUGCAGCCGGAACCGUUCGCCCACUGCCUGAAUAUCACGAAUCCCGUGGUGGUACUUUGCGAUGCUGUUAGCGCCGUCAUGUUCGGCAAGAUACAGGGACAACUCAAGAAUGUCGGUCCGGCAUUUAGCUACAAUGAGACGGCGUGGUUGGACAAACACUGCCCCGUGCCGGUUAUCGACUUGAGUGCUCUCACAGCGAGUAAGGAAGAUGUGGAGUGUAUCAAAAGUGGCGACGGGCUGGGUCUGCAUGAUUUGGGACCAGAGAGCGACGGUGUCAUCUUCUUCACUAGUGGGACGACAGGUUCCCCAAAGGCCGUGCUCUCCAACCAGCGGGCGGCGCUGCAUAACCUCCACUCUGCCAAGUUUAUGAUGGCACGCGCGGCCAUGCGCAUGGGCGCACCGGCCGACAUGGCGAUCGAGUUCGCCAUGACCCCGCCUGAGAAACAGAGCGUCGGUUUACUCUGCAUCCCUCUCUUCCACGCCACGGCUGGCGAAGGCUGGCUGCAGAAAAUCAUCCACUUCAACCAGAAACUUGUUCUGCUCCGCCGCUGGAACGUCGACGACGCCGUCAAGGCUUGUGUCGAUUACGGCUGCGGUGUAAUCGGUGGCGUCCCUGCCGUCGUCGUGGCCCUUAUCCAACAUCCCGACCUCCCUGCCUCCCACAAGUUCGAGAGCACGCUCAAUGGCGGUGCGGCCAGUCCAGCCCGCCUGGCCAACGACCUCCGUUCCCGAUGGCCCGACAUGAGUAUCGCCGUUGGAUGGGGCAUGACCGAGACGAAUGCUCUUACCACCGCUAUUGUGGGAGACGACUACGUUGCCAAGCCAAAUAGUGCCGGGUGGCCACUACCUAUUGUGGACAUCAAGAUUGUUGAUCCAGUAACCAAGGCCGAGUUACCGCGUAAUACCGUGGGAUUAAUUCUUUCUCGUGGACCAAAUAACAUGACGUGUUACUACAACAACCCGAAAGCAACUCGCGAAACCCUCGUCGACGGAUACGUCGACACGGGCGAUGCAGGGUACCUCGACGAUGAUGGGGUCAUGUUCAUCUCGGACCGCCUGAAGGACAUCAUCAUCCGUGGCGGCGAGAACAUUGCAUCGGAAGAGAUCGAGAAUGCCAUCUACGCCGACGACCGGGUCGCCGAGGCGGCGGCCGUCCCCGUUCCAGACGAUAUGCUUGGCGAACUCGUGGCCGUGGCCGUCAGUUUACGGCCGGGGUGCACUGCCACCGCGGCACAGAUUAGGGAGGCCGUGCAUUCUCGCGUGAGGCCGCAUGCGCGGCCGGCCUUUGUUUGGGUCUCGGAUGAGGUCCUGCCACGCAACGUUAAUGGUAAGCUUGUCAAGGCAGAGAUUAAGAAGAUCGUGGGCGAGCUGUAUGCCAGGCACCUCGAGAGGGCUAAGAUGUAG